ACCCAGGGCAGGUUUACUGUUCUCACAUCAGCUUCUCACCACCAGCGGCUGGUUUACACCGGGGCCUCCCUGGACUUCCUUUCAAACAUGGAGAAGACAGAUCACAGCCGCUGACGGGCACCGUGGGCGGUUCUGGGGCCAGCACAGUGAUGGUGGGGCACGGUGCGGGGGAGCUCAGCGCCGACCCUCCUGCUGGACUGCUGGAUCUCCUAGAUGCUAAUGCAUCGUUGAGCCCAACCAAUGGAUUUAAAUUAAUGAAUCAUUGAGGAUAAGAUGUAAAGAUCCUCAUGUGUGAAAAUGAAGUCGCAGACAAUCACAAUUUGCUGUUUAAUGUUAUUUCUGGCUGCAGAAUGUUCUCAUCCAAAAUCCAAGACCCACAUAAAAGGUGGAGAUAAGCUUCAAGGUCCUGAAGGAAAACCCAAGACUGGAAGGAGGCAAGAAAAAUGCCAUGGACCUUGUACCACUUCUUCCAACUGCAGCCAGCCCUGUGCUCAGCACUUUCGUGGAGAAAUAGAAUUUAUCUGUAAUGGAAACAAGUGGCAAAAAUCAAUUGAAACAUGCACAAGCCUUUCUGUGGAAACACUCUUCAUGGACUCAAAGAGCGUAUCACGCCUUUCUGUGGCAGCACCCCCUAACUCUCCGCACAUGCUUGACUACCACGUCCCAGAGCCCGUCGAGAGUGUAGCUCAAGGCAUCCAAAAGAACUGCCCACUUGAUUAUGCCUGCAUAAUUGAUGCUGUGAAAUCAUCAGAAACCACGUCUGGAAAUAUUGCAUUUAUAGUGGAGUUACUAAAAAAUAUUUCCAUACACUUGUCUGAUAAUGUGACCGGAGAGAAAAUGAAGAGCUACAGCAAAGUGGCCAACCACAUCCUCGACACAGCGGUCAUUCCAAACUGGGCUUUCAUUCCCUACAAAAAUGCCAGCUCAGACUUGUUGCAGUCAGUGAAUUGGUUUGCAAGGCGACUCCGCAUCCGGAAUGAAUCGGAGCACAUUGCAGAUGAACUCUUCAUUCAGACGAAAGGGUUUCCCAUUGACCACAAUACCUCAGAGAGAAGCUUCAGUUUCUCCAUGAACACAAGCAAUACAACAGAGAGUAUCCUAGGAAUGAUAGAAAUCCCCAGGCAAGAGCUGUGGAAGCUGCCACCCAAUGCAUCCCAAGCCGUCGGCAUAGCUUUCUCCACCUUGGGGGCUGUUCUGAAAGAAGCCCACUUGCAAGAUGCCAGUCUCCCCAGACCGUUAAAUGGGCUGGUCCUUUCGGUGAUUCUACCAGAAAGACUGAAGCAAAUCUUAUUCACCUUUGAGAAGAUGAAUAAAUCCCGGGAUGCCAGGGCCCAGUGUGUUGGCUGGAAUGCCAGGAAAAGGAUGUGGGAUGAGAAUGUCUGUGAAACAACACUGGAUACCACCAGCAAAGUGAAAUGCUGGUGUAACUACACCCACGCAAUGAUGUCCUUUUCCAUUCUCAUGUCCCCCAGAUCUGUAGACAACACGGUCCUGGACUACAUCACCUGCAUUGGGCUCAGCGUCUCCAUCCUUAGCUUGAUUCUUUGCUUGGUAAUUGAAACCGCAGUAUGGUCUCGGGUGGUCAUGACGGAGAUAUCAUACAUGCGACACGUAUGCAUUGUGAACAUAGCUGUGUCGCUCCUGACCGCCAAUGUGUGGUUCAUCCUAGGCUCAAUCUUUAACAAAAAGGCCCAGGACUACAACUGGUGUGUUGCGGUGACGUUUUUUACCCACUUUUUCUACCUCUCUCUGUUUUUCUGGAUGCUCUUCAAAGCACUGCUCAUCAUCUAUGGACUGUUGGUCAUUUUCCAGAGGAUGAUGAAGUCCCACAUGAUAGCCAUUGGCUUUGCCAUUGGCUAUGGUUGCCCACUGGUCAUUGCUGUCACCACGGUUGCUAUCACGGUGCCAGGCAGAGGCUACCUGAGACACGGUGCCUGCUGGCUUAACUGGGACGAUACCCGAGCUCUGCUAGCAUUUGCCGUCCCAGCCUUGGUCAUUGUGGCUGUGAACCUUGUUGUGGUUCUUGUGGUUGCUGUCAAUACUCAGAGACCCUCUAUCGGCAGUUCCAAGUCUCAGGAUGUGGCCAUAGUUAUGAGGAUCAGCAAAAAUGUCGCCAUCCUCACCCCACUGUUGGGACUGACCUGGGGUUUUGGAAUAGCGACCCUCAUAGAAGGCACUUCCUUGAUAUUCCAUAUAAUCUUUGCCCUGCUCAAUGCUUUCCAGGGGUUCUUCAUCUUGCUGUUCGGAACCAUUAUGGAUCACAAGAUAAGAGAUGCUCUGAGGAUGAGGAUGUCUUCACCGAAGAGGCGGUCAAGGGUAGCAGGAAUGCAUCGUUAAGCCCAACGUGUGGAUCUAAAUUAAUGAAUCGUUGAGGAUAAGAUUGAGAGGAUGCUGUCAUCAUACCUGCUCUGAUACAGGAUACAUCUUGCUGUUUACACUCAGCUUAAUUCCAUCUUGCCAGUGAGUGUGGACACUCAUAAGAGUCCCAUUGUUGAGAAGGAAGACUUAAUUGAUUGGAAUCACAAAGCAACAAGCCUGUCAGUCCCUAAUGAAGUUGGAGCUCAGAAUCAUUCUAAAGGAGUAUGGGUGGAGUUGCGGCAAAUUAGCUGCCUACUCACAGCCAAUCUCUGAGACAUAUUUCUAUACAGGUGAAAUCAGGGGAAAACAAAUAUUAGGCAGCCAUGAAGGGGACAGUAACUUCCAAAGUGGCAGCCAGAGGCCUGAGAGGUAACAGGAGAACGUGGGCAGGGAUAAUAUAUCUUGGUAUGUUUUUGUCUUGGAGAGCUUUCGUGGCCUUUCUGCUUGGAUAUAGAUGAGCCCCAGAUUUUUUUUUUUAACACCACCUGGCAACAGGUACAUCCUCUUUCACAUUCCUUUCCUUUCUGAGUCAUAGCCCAUAUAUUGAGCAAUGCAAAGCAAAGGGUUGAAACAAUCUCAUGGAAUCCAAAACACUUCAAGUUGGAAGAAUCUUUAAGGGACCUCCUGGGUUACAUGUUAUAGAACCCUGAUGCUGUGGUGCUGUGGGCACUGGCUCACGGUCCCAGGAAGAGGGAGGGGAGGGAGAGGGGUUGGGGGUCAACCACAGGGCACAGGCAGUAUUUCAGACCUUAAGCCGGAACAUAAAAUCUUAGACUGACCGGGCCUGGGGAGGCAGGCUGAAUUCCAAGAGCCAGAAAGGCGGCAGGAGGCCAGAACUGGCCUUGCCCAGAUUUGGGGUCCCCUGUGGUUGGAAGGGCCACAUGUCCCAGUGACCUCAGGUCAGAUUAUUCUUAGCAACAAGGUCGAGCCAGGUGUACAGGGAGGUCCCAGAGCCAUGGAAGGACAGCAGAGGUGUGAAAACCGGGCAGUUUUCUCCCUCUUUAGAUCCUAACCGGUUAGCAGGGAAACAGCAUUCCUACCACGCGGCCACAGCUGCACAGCGCCCUCUGCUGUUCAUAUGAAGGGCGGGCCUUUACUAUGAGCCAGCAGAACUUGUGUUACCCAGUGUGAUCUCAGGCUCACCAGGACGGUUCCUCGGUUCCUCUGAAAUCUCUUCCACAUAUUUGUUCAUGCCUAAAAUUCAUUUUAAAAAAUCCUUUAUUACACAAUGAGAAACGGGACGGAUGGAAUACAUACCCUGAGAGAAACAGCACGGUUUUCCUAGUAAAGUCGCAAAUUCACAGAGGCUGAGUCAUUCUAGAGACCAAGCUUAAAGGAGGAGGAAGAGGGCAUUGAGAGUUUAGGCUUGAGGGAGCAGCAUGGAGAAGGCAAAGGGCACAGAAAAAUAAAGCUGGGAGAAUAGCCUUCCUACUGUGUGACCUUGAAGAAAUUGCUCAGUGCCUCUGUGCCUCAAUUUCCUCAUCUGUAACAUGGGGCUAUAAAUAGUAUAUACCUCCCAGGGUGGUCUCAGGAUUCAAUGAGCCAACACAUUCAAAACUCAUAGACUAGUGCCUGGUUCAAAUUAAGUUAUUGGUACAUGCCAGCUAUUAUGCUGUUAACCAGUGCUUCAUCCGUUUUGCCUAGGCUGCCCCACUCCUUGUGGACGUCCUUUGUCCUGGCCGGAGAGUUGAGCUCCUGGAGAAAGAGGCUGGAAGGCAGGCUGGAAUGUGGAGGGACAGUCAUGUUUCUUUGGAAGACUUUCUCUUCUUGCCAGGAGAGACACCUAAACUCUCAGUAUCAUAAGGUUUGCUGAGGAAGAGUUGAGGAGAGCAUUUGAUGACUGGCUUUAAGGAGGUAGAUCUACAGACCCUUUGAUCUACUCAUGACCUGCAAAAGCCUGGCUGCUUGGUCAACGUUGGCAAGACUAAGACUCAGCCCCCUUUCACCACCAAGGGCUUGCUCUGUGGUUCCCUGGCUCAGCCAUCCAUCUCUCUGCAUGGAUUCUGGGCACUUUGGGGGCCAGGGGCUAGAUCUGGGUUCAGGGGCAGGCUGGGGGUAGGCGUGGGAGGUGGGGUGACAGGGGACUUACUGAGUCUCCUUUGGAGACAGUUAAGUCAUGGUAGGUUUCCUAAAGCUAGGGAACAGAAGAAGAAUAAGAGGACUUUUUUUUUGGUUGCGCUGCACUGCUGGUGGCAUCGUAGUUCCCCAACCAGGGCCCGAGCGAACCUGGGCUCUUGGCAGGGAAAGCACGGAGCCUGAAGCACUGGAUUGCCAGGGGAUUCCCAAGAGGACUUUUCAGUGUGCUUGUUAUUUUACUCUAUUUUAGACUUUGAGUAAAAUAGCUUAGCUCCUAGGACCUUACUUUCCUCACUUGUGAAACAGAAAAAAAUAUUCGUGUAGGUAUUAUUAUUUGUGUGUGCAUAUAUGUGUGUAUGUGUCUGUUUAAACCACUGUACUAGUAAAACAAUUCCGGUUGUGAUGUUAGAAAUAAAAAUGAAAAU